UGCCCCUGCGCGCGGCCCCGUCUGUGGCCCGGACGCCGCGGGCCUGCGGAGAUGAGGUGCAGCCCGCCGGCCGCCCUGGCCUUGGGGCUGCUACGACUCUGCCUGGCCCAGGCCAACUUCGCCCCCCACUUCUUCGACAACGGGAUCGGCAGCACCAAUGGAAACAUGGCCCUCUUCAGUCUCCCAGAGGACACUCCUGUUGGCUCCCAUGUAUACACCCUGAAUGGGACAGACCCAGAGGGAGACCCCGUCUCCUACCACAUCAGCUUUGACCCCAGCGCCAGACAUGUCUUUUCCAUUGACCCCGAUUUUGGAAACAUCACCCUGGUUGAAGGGCUGGACAGAGAGAGGGAAGACACGAUCGAGGCUGUCGUCAGCAUUUCUGACGGCCUGAGUCUGGUGGCAGAAAAAGUCGUGAUCCUGGUGACUGACGCCAACGAUGAGGCUCCCACGUUCAUCCAGGAGCCUUACAUUGUCCACGUCCCUGAGGACACACCUGCUGGGAGCAGUGUCUUCAAGGUUCUGGCUGUGGACAAGGACAUGGGUUCCGGAGGGAGCGUCGCCUACUUCCUACAGGAUGCGCAGGCCUCCCCAUUUUCCGUGGACCGCCACAGUGGUGUUCUGCGCCUCCGGGCUGGGACCACGCUGGACUAUGAGACAGCCCGGGCCCACUCUGUCACCGUGGUCGCCAAGGACGGCGGAGGGAGGCUGCAAGGGGCCAGGGUGGUGUUCUCGGCCACCACCACGGUCACGGUCAACGUGGAGGACGUGCAGGACACGGCCCCUGUCUUCGUGGGCACACCCUUCUACGGCUAUGUGUAUGAGGACACCGUUCCGUGCCGAGCACCUACUGAGGCCCAGUCCCUGCUGCUCAGACACCACCAUUCCGGGAGCUGGCGGCUGAGGGUGGAGAGAAGCCGAGGCUCUGAGGUCCUGACAGUGGUCGCCAUGGACGGAGACAGGGGCAACCCCCACCGCCUUCUCUACAGUCUCGUGAAUGGGAGUGAUGGAGCCUUUGAAAUUAAUGCGACUUCUGGGGCCAUCGUGGUCACACGGAGCCCUGCCCAGCUCCAAAGAGAGGCGUAUGAGCUGCAUGUACAGGUGACUGAGGUCAGCUCUGCAGGGAGCCCAGCUGCCCAGGCCACGGUCCCUGUCACCAUCCGGAUUGUGGACCUCAACAACCAUCCACCUACGUUCUAUGGAGAGAGCGGACCCCAGAACAGAUUUGAGCUCUCCGUGUAUGAGCACCCACCCCAGGGGGAGACCCUGCGGGGCCUCAAGAUCAUCGUCAAUGACUCAGACCAGGGGGCCAAUGCCAGAUUCAACCUGCAGCUGGUGGGACUCGGGGGCGUCUUCCGAGUGGUCCCACAGACGGUCCUGAACGAAGCCCAGGUCACAAUCAUUGUGGAGAAUUCAGAUGCCAUCGACUUUGAAAAGUUCCAAGUGUUAACCUUCAAGCUCUUGGCCACUGAAGUGAACACCCCGGAGAAGUUCAGCGCCACCGCGGACGUAGUGAUCCGGCUCCUGGACACCAACGACAACGCCCCCAAGUUCAUCUCUCUCUACUACGCCGCCAGGAUCCCCGAGGACGCCCCAGGGGGCUCCAGUGUGGUGGCCGUCACCGCCAUGGAUCCGGACACAGGUCCCUGGGGUGAAGUCAAAUACUCCAUCUACGGGUCCGGGGCAGACCUCUUUCUGAUUCAUUCAUCCUCCGGCGUCAUCUGCUCCCAGCCCGGGGCCAGCCUGGAUGCUGAGGCCAGGCCCCGGCACCACUUCUAUGUGAAAGCAGAGGACGGGGAGGGCAGGUCCAGCCUGGCCGAGGUGUUCGUCACGGUGCUGGAUGUCAACGACCACUGCCCCCAGUUUGCGCAGAGCAUCCAGGAGAGGACAAUGGUGCUGGGGACCCCAGUGAAAAUCGAGGCCACAGACCGGGACGCGGAGGAGCCCAACAACCGCGUGGACUAUUCCAUCACCCGCUCCGAGCCGGCCAGCGUGUUCGACAUCGACGCGCACACGGGGGAGAUCCGGCUCAAGCGCUCCAUCCGCUCCCUGGACGCGCUGCGCAACAUCACGCGCGGCCGGGACUGCACGUGGUCGCUGGAGGUGCAGGCCACGGACCGCGGCUCCCCGGCCUUCAGCACCACGGCCUUGCUCAGGAUCGACGUCACGGACGCCGAGGCGCUGUCCCAGAGCCCCGUGGACGCCUUCCUGAGGCAGACCAAAGACGACCCCACGACGGCUGUGGGCGUGCUGGCCGUCACCAUGGCCGGCGUCGUGGCCGUCACCGUCCUGGUCUCCACCGCCACCUUCUGGCGCAGCAAGUCCAACAAGGUCCGGCCGGUUCGCCGAGUGCUCCGCCGGCGGCCCAGCCCUGCGGCCCGCGCCGCCCACGCCGAGCGGCUCAAGUUCACCAGGACCAGAGCCGCUGCCGAGUUCGUGCUCAGAGAGGAUGCUCCCAACGGGAACCGCAGCGCCAGCCCAGGAAGCCCCCCGCCCCUCAGGACCCCGGUGCCCCCCCCUCCACCCAGAAUGGCGCCCGGCACAGGCACAGCCCCCCGGACUGUGCCUACCGUCUCCGGCUCACUCACCUCCGCAGAGCCUGACGGGUCACCCACACCCAGAGCCUUGGGAAGCCCCGUCCAGUCAGCCCUGGUCUCUGAGCUGAGGCAGAAGUUUGAGAAGAAGAGCCGAGCCCAUCAGGCCUAAGUUUAGAGCGUGGCCCGUGGCCCUCUCUUCCCCUCACCUCCCCCUCUCUGCUCCUUAGGGCCACCCCUGUUUUGUGCAGUGGUGUAACCCCCUAUUCAGGGCUCUGGACAGCAUCUUGGACAAGGGUUUUUCCUGGUCCUGGGUACGAGUGGAAUAUACUUCCCGUUGCCCAGACCCCUGGGGCAGCCACAAUACUCUCCACUUGGCAGAAGCUGGGGGUCGACCAGGAGCCAGCCUGCCUGUCUUGUCCUCACCAGCCCCAGACCUCAGAGUCCCUCAGGUGCUCCUGGGGGCUCAGCAUCACUAGUUGAGUAGGGCCCUGGCCACACGAAACAGCACCUUCUAGAACCUGGAUCUGAGGCCUCCCGCUCAAAGCAGGAGCAGACAAAGGCGUCCAGGGCUAGCUGAGGCGGGAGGUCAGCAAACUGCAGGCCGAUGGGGAGCAAAUGGGCAGGACAGGGCACAGAUCCCUGAGAACAUGCUGACCCUGGGAAGAUGGGCAGUGCUGUCCAGGCAGAGACUGUGGGCCCUCUGUGCCAUGGGGACCAGGCACACAGAGGUGGGUUUUUUUUUUUUUAAGUUUUCACCUGAGGAUAUUUUUCCAUU